AUGCCAGACAUGCUCGCCCAUGGAAGCCGGCGCUUUCGCUGCGCUUCAUGUUCGGUGGCGCUGUUGGGCGUGUUGUGGUUUUGCCAUCUCGCUGUGCCGAAGUUUGCCGGUACCAUUCUGGAGAUUGGAGGUCCGGUGCAUCAAGGAAGCUUGCAACAUGCGGAAGGAGUUCUGGCAGAUGCCGCUCUGGAUGAGUUCCAGCAGGAGUUGCCUCACCGGUGGCAGAGAAUAGGCGACUACUUUUUGAGACCUGUUGGUGGCUCCUUGCCGCGACUUCGCAGCUCUCCCUGGUCUUUCCUCCGCACCGAGAAGGUGCUACGAGGAAAUGGGCUGGUGAAGAGCGAAGGUGGUCACUCCUUUCGCAACUUGCGCGCCUGGCUGGAGGAAGUCUGCAGAGUCUUGGGCCUGUCGCAAACAUCGAGAAAAACCUCGUCACGUUGCCCACAGCUCUGGAUCGACGAGGCUUGGCCACCGAGCCGGCUUACUCCACGCAGCAAGCGCUCUGCGCCUAUCUGGAUCUUGCCGGCCACAGAGCGAGAUGCACUAGUUGUCCAGACGAGCUUGCUCAAAGAGUAUCGUCCACAGGAAAUCAAAGCGCUUAUGGGCUUCGAGGUGGGCCAACUGGUUCUGAGACGCCUGCCAGCUGUCAUUCCACAAGAGCUGCGUGAGCCUCUGACGUACGGAAUCUUUGCAGCGCGAGCGUAUGAUGCUCUUUGUCAAGUUACUGAGCCGAAUCAAGCCUUAGCCGGUGCACCGCCCUGGAUACGAAGAAUGCUGACGGGUCGUGCCCGGUCCUGGAAGCGCCCAUACUCGCACACGGGCACGACGGCCGAGUUCGAAGCCCUCGGCGUGAUUCUUCGUCGACUCGUUCCAGGCCCACUGCUGCCGCCUAUCUUUGCUGGGCUCGCCGUCAACAGCAAUGAGAUCGCAGAAGCGUUGGAACACCGGAAACCCCCGAAGUGGCAGCUGAGGGGAUCCCCAGCACCUCAGCCCUUGCGAGAUCUCGCUGGGAAUGCAUUGGUCUUAGCACUGAUUCGGCUUUUCAGCGGUUCGAGGGGAAGGUCUUAUGUGCUCACCCUGGACCGUGCCGCGGCCCUGGCCGCCGGGGACGCAACGGCUGCAGCCAGUGCGCUGCUCAGGGUCCACCGGCUCCUGCCGCCGCAGCAGACCGAUCUGCGGCGAACGCUUGGCAGUGUGGCCGACAUGGCUCACGCGAGGACAUGGGCUUAUCGGCAGGAGGCGCUGUUUCAGAACCCCAGGGAGCCGCCCCCGGCGGUGCGAGUGGCGGAGCUCUUGAGUUGGUCUCAAACAGAUCAGGCCAAGCGCCUCAUUGCCUUGGCCGAGAUGCGACGGAAGCACAUAGAGACCUCGAGCUGGGAGACAUGGGCAGGUCGUUCCUGGCCCUGGGGCUCUUUUUCUGGAUCUGCGUUUUGGAAGCCCUGGAUGGGCUACUGGGCUUUGUCUAUCUUGUGGCUUCCUUUCGCCCUCACUUCAAUCGAUGCAGUCCGCUGGGCCUCCUGGGUGACUCUGUGUCUCACCGUCUUCGGCCUACUGUUGCCGCUAUUGCAGUUUAUUGGGGCUCCGACGCUUCCCUUCAUGUCCAUCAGCACCUUGUGGACAUCCCUUUUGCUGUAUUCGUUGAUUGCUGGAAGUAUUUGGUGGAACCACCUCCUAGGUGGUGCACGUCGCUGGGCUGUUUUGAGUGGCCAGUUGGCUGCUCAACUCGUAGAUCAAGCGGAUGCUGCAACUGGAAUUGCUUUCCUUACGAGGGAUUGGGCGGAGAUGGCGCGGCGAUCCCUGGCAGCCCUUGACCAGGUGCACGGAUGCCGCCUUGUUAAGAACCAGCCGAACCAUAGGAACUGUGGUUGA